AUGUCUGAUGUCUUCAUUGCGACCAAAAUGAAUGUAUCAUCUGAAGAAACACAAGUAACACAAUCGUGCAAUUGUCUCUUUUGUCGAAUGAAAGAUGUCCUCAUCUUAAAUAGAUAUAUUCCUUGGAUUACACUCUCAAGAAUAUUCUUCUUGUCUUUAAUGACACUUUACCCUUCCAAAAAUUAUUUCUCAGUGAAAACGGAUAUUCCGGACUUCAUCCAAUCGCACUGGGCAGUGAUCUCAAAGCUUUCCCAAUUCAGUGAAGGUGGAAAAUGGAGGAAAAGUAUGUUAGAUGCAAUCAAUCAUUCCCGGUACUUCGAGUCGGGUAAAGUCGAAUACCACGUCUCUGGAUUUUGGAAGUUGAAAGACACGUCAAUUCCUUUUGUCGAAAAUUGGCUGGCGUCCGACGAACAAAAAGAGGAGUACUGCGUGAAUGAGACCUCAAUCUCAUCAGAACCGUCGGUCUUCAAUUUGGGAAUGAACACUCAGAAACAACAGACAGGUUCUACUCAAACUAUAGUAAACUAUUAUAUUUAUAAUAUCAGCGUGUGCAAAGGAAAUAUACUAACACUCAUCAAUUUGUAUAAUACAAACACCGAUCUCAAUCUCAGACAAAGAGUCGUCGAGGAAAUUAAACACAACGAAAUAGCUUUACAACACUAUACGGAGGCUCUCUAUAAAAACGCAGAGGUCGAUAACCCUAACUAUUCCUCGGCUUGCUUUAUGGUAAGGACCGUCUUUUAA